AUGUCUAGAGACGACAGAGAAGUUGUAGACGAAUUUUCUUCACUGGAGUUUGUGUCUUUUCUAGGUCAAGGUGGCUUUGGUUCCGUUACCCUCAUGAGAGAUUCCAAAUCAAGAUUACAUGCAGAGAAGUCAUCUCCCGUCUAUUACAUCAACAAUCUCGAGAAAGAGCAUAGGAUCAUGCUUCGUUAUCGUAACCAUCCACGCAUUGUCCAAACCACAAGCCCUAGCCUUCACAUAGACAUCAAUCUCCAACGUUGUUGCAUCUACAUGGAGUUUGCGUCCAAAGGUACUAUCCACAACAUGAUCUCCAGCUUCCAUGGCCGACCAAUGCCUGAGGUUAUGGUCGGACGAGCCGCUCUUAUGAUCUUACAAGGUCUCGAAGCUCUUCACUCCAACGGCUACGUUCAUUGUGAUCUCAAGCCAGCCAACGUUCUCAUCUUCCCUUCCAAGAAUUUUGGACAGCCGUGGGAUCUCAAACUUGGUGAUUUCGGUUUAUCCAAGGAACCUUGUUCGGACCCUAGGUCCUUGUCUGGUGGUACGAAGCAGUAUAUGCCUCCUGAAGCUGUUGGAACCAAUGGAGUGGUGAUGAUCGGACCGGCUGUUGAUGUGUGGUCUCUAGGAUGUGUUGUUCUUGAGAUGUUUGGUGGCCGUCCACAGAAGAUGGGAGAUAUUUACGCAUGGAGACUUCCCAAACUUGUGUCUCCCGUGGCCAGCGAUUUCCUGAAACGGUGCAUGGAGUUGCAUCCCUCGCUCAGAGCUACUACAGCGGAUCUACUGAAACAUCCUUUUGUUGCGCCAGAAAGAGUCAUGAGGAGUGUCAUUCCACCACGCCCAGACCAGAUGCUUCGCUACUGUCCUCCUGCCUUAAGGUGUCCUCCACCUGCCAUAAGGAACAAUGUACCGAGGAAGAUGACGAUGGCUACAAGACCUGGAGAUUUGAUCGGUUGUUAA